ACCAAUGAUAGUGCAACCACAACCUUGUGUAUAGGAAGGAAGAGUAUAUAGAUAUUGUUUGAGUGAAGGGGAGCCAAAUAAGUUAACAACAUAUAUAGCACAAAUUAAGAGAUUAUGGCAGGCCCAAUGAGACCACAAAUUGUGCUAUUUGGCUCUUCCAUAAUUCAAAUGAGUUUUGAUAAUGGUGGUUGGGGUGCUAUUCUAGCUAAUUUGUAUGCUAGAAAGGCUGAUAUAGUGUUGAGGGGAUACUCUGGUUGGAAUUCAAGACGUGCUUUGGAGGUUCUUGAUGAAGUUUUUCCCAAGGAUGCUCAUGUGCAACCAUCAUUGGUAAUUAUCUACUUUGGUGGGAAUGAUUCAAUUCACCCUCACCCAUCUGGUCUUGGUCCUCAUGUCCCCCUUGAAGAAUAUGUUGAAAAUAUGAGAAAGAUUGCUAACUAUCUAAAGAGUCUUUCGGAUCAUAUUCGCCUUAUAUUUCUCGCCUCUCCUCCUAUCAGUGAAGUACAAAUCAGGAAAAAACUCAGUGCAACACAAUCUGGAAGAACAAAUGAACAUUGUGGAAUAUAUGCAAAGGCAUUGGUGGAGCUAUGUGAUGAAAUGAAUUUAAAAGUCAUUAAUCUAUGGUCUGCAAUUCAGCAAAGGGAUGACUGGUUAGAUGUCAGCUUUACGGAUGGAGUUCAUUUAUCAGCUGAAGGAAGUAAGGUAGUUUUGAAGGAAAUAUUAAAAAUCCUUAGGGAAGCAGAUUGGAAGCCAAAUUUGCAUUGGAUGGCACUACCAACUGAAUAUGCUGAAGAUUCACCAUAUUACCCUCCAAGUCCAGAUGGAACCACCACCAUAAAUGUGUCCUACAGUAUCCCUAGGAGACAUUUGCAAUGGGAUUAAUCUAUAAAAAGCAUUUGUGUGGUGUGGUUUGAGUAUAAAAAAAUGAAGCAAUAAUUGAAAAGAAAAAAGAAAAAAAAACACUUUGGUUAUUGUUAUUUUUAUAUGCAAUUUAUUUUGCAAAGAUUGAAAGAAAUUCAAUUGUGUGGAGCUCUUGAAAAAAGUCAGUCACAGAAAGGGAAAGGUUAUAUAUUUCAUAUUUUAUUUAAAUAAUAAAGGGAAGAGUUUUUUUUUCUUCA